AACAGGUGAGAACCCUGUGUAGGAAAGCCUAUGACACCACAACACUAUCAAGAUCAAGGGGGCCAGUCAGACACUUUGCAUGUGACAACAGAGACAGCAAAGAAGGAGAUCGGACUGAGAGCAACAAGACAUGAUGAGCCCCCCUCUGCUCGUAUGUGCAUCAAUCUCAUGACGCCCGUCUCAAAGGAGAGUUCACUGCUCUGAGUUGUGUGUUUAUCGCCGGGUGAGAGAGAGAUAACGCUGAAUUAGGUCGCGGACUUUCUGCACACUCCAGUUGAAGGUCUCUGUUAUUCAUUAUUGCUCUACCAUGGAGUCCUCGUCAUCACCUUUUCACGGAGGCCAAGACGACCACAUUUUACAAGUGGAAGAGGAACUGGUGCGUAGGGGCCACCGACGCAAAAGGGAGUUCAUACCCGAGGAGAAGAAGGACGCCCUCUACUGGGAGAAACGCCUCAAGAACAACGAGGCGGCCAAGCGGUCCCGGGAGAAGAGGAGGAUGAACGACUACGUGCUGGAGACUCAUCUCACCGCCCUGAAAGAAGAAAACAGCCGGCUUAGCACCGAGUUAAUGGCCAUCAAGUUGCGCUUCGGCCUGGUCCACACUGCGGCCUACACUGCCCACCAGAGUAACCAGCCGCAGCACCACGUCCACAGCAGCACCCAGCCUAUCACUGCCACUGGCACAUACCACCCGUCCCUGCAGAGGGACUACUACUGGGGUGGCAGAGACUCUUCCGUCAUGCCAAGACACCAACCUCCUCUCCCCGUCUUCAUCCCCGCGUACGCCCUCCACACCAUGAGAAGCUAUUCGUAUUUGAACACGUCCGGUAGUGCCGGGUCUGCUCUCCUCGCUCCCCUUAUCCUCCCUCAAAAUCUGCCCACCUAUUCAUCCCUUCCUGGAGCUCCCCUGCUGAAGCCCAUUCCUACCAGAGCGGCCUCAGAUGAGGAGGAGCAGCAGGUCCCGGGGGUGUCGUCCCCGUCCUUCCCUGCUCCACCUCGCAAAAUCACCUCAAGAGGACACAGAAACUACUCUCCACCAAGACAAUACAUGUCCGACUGACUGAAGGUGUGUAUCUAGUGUACAGAUUGAUUGACUAAAAAAACAAAUUCUUCAUUUCGCUUCAAAUAUCCCGGCUGAAGUUGUAACUUUAACAGCUCUAUUUGUGUGAAUUAACAGUGCUUGCGUGUUGAUUUCAAAGAAGCACAAUUUAAAAGUGUACACACUCUACAUUUGCCAUGUCGCUCACUUAUCUGAAUGUUAGGGCUGCAGUCCAGAGUAGAAGAGUAAUGACAUUUUGCAGGCGGGCAAGAUGAAAAUGCACUGAAUAAAGCACUCCCAUAAAAAAAGUUAAUGGUGUUUCAAUAGAUUCCAUUCAUGUACAAGUUCACAGCACGCUUUGCUGUGUGUGUCUGAAGCUACUUCAGUUCUCCUCUGUGUGUUUGAUUUGAUGUCAAAGUAAUUGGUGCUAAUGUACAUCUGUUAACCAUUAGUUGCAGUCUGGACUACAUUAUUUGGAUUCACGCGUUACCCUCCGUUUUUCAUACACGAAAUGCAGUUGAAAACAUGUAUUGCUCCAGAUGAAAUCUUUUUAUUUUGUUUAUUUAAAGAGAUAAACCUGCAGACAAUAAAAAAAAGACAACAUGGGGUUUAACCCCUGACUGGCUCCAGAUGGAAACAGAGAAGUAUGAUGAUGUAUUUCUUUUCCUGUGUAGGCAGAAAUAGUCACCUCCCUCUGUACUGUGGCCACAGUGUGUUUGAAUCAUCUAAUAUUCCAAUAACCUUGGGGGCAACAUUGUGUUGAAUACAUAUAUCACAUUAAAAAAAAGAUUAAAACAAAUCAAUCUUUAAGUUUGUCAUUCUUUUUUUUAACAUACAUAGUAGUCCUCUCUUCAUUCAUAACCCAGACAC